AUGGCACUCCUCUUUAAUGGCAGUCCAACAAGAUGGAUUAAGACGCAGCAGGGUUUGAAACAAGGAGACCCACUAUCUACUAUCCUUUUCAUCCUUGUCACUGAUGUUUUAAACCAGAUCCUCAAGGUGGCAGCUCAUAACGGACUCGUUGCUGGCAUUGGACCUCAUUCUAUCACUGGUAAUGUCACUUGCAUGCAAUAUGCUGAUGACACGAUUUUACUGAGUGAUUCAAAUUAUAAGCACAUUCAGCACCUGAAGUUCAUAUUAUAUGCCUUUGAGAUCUUCCCCGGAUUAAAAAUCAAUUUUGACAAGAGUGCACUUUAUGCUAUUGAAUUGCCACAAGCACACCUCAAACGUUAUGCAAUGAUGCUGGGGUGCAAGACUGCAACACUACCAACACCAUAUCUUGGGUUUCCAUUAUCUGCUGGCCCUCUGAAAGCAACUGAUUGGGACUUCUUACUGGAGAAGAUUGACAGAAAGUUGUCAGCAUGGAAAGACUCUUGA